GAAUCUGGGCUGCAUAUGACGUUGAUAUUUUUCCUCCUCGACGAUGAGGAGGGAAGCGCUGAAGGAAGUGAAGAAUCCGAGGAGGAAUCUGAAGAAGAAGUCAAAGGAGCGGGAGCCUUGAUCGAAAUCGAGAAUCCUAAUCGACAGUCGAAGAAGGCAUUCGUAAAGGCCACAAAUGUGGAAGAGACUGACGCACCUCAGCUUUCUCGCCGAGAAAAGGAGCAGAUUGAAAAGCAGAAAGCUCAUGCUGCCUAUAUGAAACGGCAUGCCGAGGGGAAGACUUCCCAGGCGAAAGCUGACUUGGCUCGAUUGGCUAUCAUCAAGCAGCACCGAGCGGAAGCGGCCGCUCGUCGAGAGGCUGAGAAGAAAGCUAAGGACGCAAAGUAAGCACCCAGUAGCGUAGAAUUCGGAAUCCGUAUAGCUGAUUUUAACCGGCCUGUAAAGUAACUGGAUCACUUGAGCAGUUUUUGUUUGCAUAAAUAUCUUUACAAUAAUCGGCUCACAUCAGGCGAGGUAUGUAUUUUAUAUCAUACAAUCUUUCGUAAGCACCAAAACAAAAAGAUAUUAAAAAUCAAAUAAAAACUGCCAUCUCGGUCCUUAGCAAAUUAUAAUUCGAUUGGAUCUAUCAGAUAAUAUAGCUUCCCUCCUGGAAACAGUCGAUAAAUCACAGAGAGCACUAUGUAUUGUAUACCUUAUACUUUCUCAGUUUUUGUUAAACUCUUGUUGAGCAUUAAACCAUUGAACUUGACUAAACUAUCGAAGAGACAACAAUAUGUUCACAAAUUUACUUAACAAGGAGUUUAUAACCGAAUCUGGUUUGAUGUUCAACAGAUGUAAAAUCUAUCAGCCAUAAGAUACAAGAAGCAGAAGUUUAUUACACACUAUCAAUUGGAAAUGUAAUAAAAUCCUUGCACAGCACGAAAAAAAAUCAAAAACUUGCUACGGAACGAACGCAGGCAAACAAUAAAUUACUGUAACUUAAAUAACGGAUGUUUAAUAAAAACAAUUCAGGACAUGUG